GGCUAGCAAUACAUCUCCUUUCUAAAGAGAGGUCUUCUUUGGUUUCUUCGCUUCUAAUUUUGGUCUUUUUCGAGAAACUUUGAACAUGUCCGGCCGUGGAAAGCAGGGAGGCAAAGCACGGGCCAAGGCUAAGACGCGAUCGUCUCGAGCUGGCUUGCAGUUCCCCGUAGGUCGGGUGCAUCGUCUUCUUCGCAAGGGAAAUUACUCUGAGCGAGUAGGCGCUGGAGCUCCGGUAUAUUUGGCUGCGGUUUUAGAGUAUCUUACUGCGGAAAUCUUGGAACUGGCUGGUAAUGCUGCUCGUGACAACAAAAAGACUCGCAUCAUUCCCCGUCAUCUUCAGCUAGCUAUCCGUAACGACGAAGAACUUAACAAGCUGUUGGGCAAAGUCACCAUUGCCCAGGGUGGAGUCCUGCCCAACAUCCAGGCUGUGUUGCUGCCUAAAAAGACUGAAAGUCACCACAAACCUAAGGGCAAGUAAAAUUGCCAAAUUCUACAGGAAGCUGUAGAAACCAGCAUUUUGAACCCAAAGGCUCUUUUCAGAGCCCCUCA